GGGUUCAAUUCAAACUGGGCGGCGGGUAGUCGAAGCUUCCUGGAAGAAAAGAACACAAAGGUUUUCGAAGUGAAAUAGAAGAGCAGUAGUUGUGAGGAUGACCAGCACGUUGAAGGGAAUUACUCUGAAAGGAAGUGCGGAGCUGGUGGCCGAGUUCUUCUCUUUCGGCAUCAACAGCAUCCUGUACCAGCGGGGAAUCUACCCUCCAGAGAUGUUCACCAGAGUCACCCACUACGACAUGAGCCUGCAGCUCACCACUGAUCCCAAGCUGAAGAACUACCUGACCAACGUGGUGUCUCAGCUCAAAGAGUGGCUGUUUGAGUGCACCGUGCAGAAGCUGGUGUUGGUCAUCACCUGUCUGGAGACCAACGAGGUUCUGGAGAGAUGGCAGUUUGACAUCGAGUGUGACAAGUCAGCCAAAGAGAGCAGUGCUCCCAGAGAGAAAUCCAUCAAGACCAUUCAGGAUGAGAUCCGCUCCGUCAUCAGACAGAUAACAGCUACAGUCACCUUCCUGCCACUGCUGGAGACACCAUGUGCCUUUGACCUCCUGGUCUACACAGACAAAGACCUGGUGGUUCCAGACAAGUGGGAGGAGUCUGGCCCACAGAUUAUUGACCAAUCAGAGGAGGUGCGUCUCCGCUCCUUCACCACAUCCAUCCACAAGGUGAACAGCAUGGUGGCCUACAAGAGGACRGACUCUGUUUAACCCUGUGAACAUCAGAACACACCACAAGCCCCACCUCUUCCUGUUUUGAGUUCUGGUUGCUCAGAGGACCGCCUUUCUUUUUUUUGUCUUGUUUUGAGAGUCGUGACAAAGCUUUCCCAUUCACUCUGUAAAUAUUUUCAUAAACAACUUGUUUUUCCUUUAAUGUCCUGUUCCUCUUUAAGUUUUCAACCUGUUUUAAAUGUUCAACGUUAAAAAUCCAUCUCAAACACA